AUGGGUUCAUCUGCAUUUAGAAUGCUGUAUUCUAUUGGAUUCUUCAUUACAUUGAUAUCUUUGUCUAUUGUUCCCCAGUAUGCGCAAGGCAUAACGAGGCAUUAUGAGUUCAAUAUCAAGAUGCAAAAUGUCACGCGCUUGUGCCACACAAAGAGUAUGGUGACUGUAAACGGAAAGUUUCCUGGACCUCGAAUCGUGGCAAGGGAGGGGGACCGUUUAGUUAUAAAAGUCACGAACCAUGUUGCCAGCAACAUCUCCAUCCAUUGGCAUGGCAUUCGUCAACUUCGUAGUGGAUGGGCCGAUGGACCGGCAUAUAUUACACAAUGUCCCAUACAAACUGGACAAAGCUAUGUGUAUGACUUCACUGUUGUAGGCCAAAGGGGAACUCUUUGGUGGCAUGGACAUAUCUCAUGGCUAAGAUCAACUCUUUAUGGUCCUCUAAUAAUUCUUCCCAAGCAUAAUGUGCCUUAUCCAUUUGAGAAACCCUACAAGGAAGUCCCUGUCAUAUUUGGAGGGGGUCCAAAUGUAUCUGAUGCCUAUACCAUCAAUGGGCUUCCAGGACCUUUGUAUAAUUGCUCGGCUAAAGAUACAUUCAAGUUGAAGGUUAAGCCCGGAAAGACUUAUCUCCUUCGAAUAAUCAACGCUGCACUAAAUGAUGAACUUUUCUUCAGUAUUGCUAAUCAUACUCUCACAGUUGUAGCUGUUGACGCAAUUUAUGUUAAACCUUUUGAAACCGACAUAAUUCUUAUUACCCCAGGACAAACUACAAACGUUCUUCUCAAAACCAAGCCUAAUUUUCCAGGCGCAGCAUUUUUAAUGACUGCUAGACCAUAUGUUACAGGACAAGGCACUUUUGACAACUCUUCUGUUGCUGGUAUUCUAGAAUAUAAAUUUCCAUCCUUUCAUUUGAAAAAGCAUCCUCUCUUCAAGCCAACUUUACCGCCUCUAAAUGACACUUCAUUUGCCACCAAUUUUACAAAAAAACUGCGCAGUUUAGCUAGUCCCCAGUUCCCUGCUAAUGUUCCAAAGAAAGUUGAUAAACAACUCUUUUUCACAGUAAGCCUAGGGACAAAUCCUUGUGACCAUAAAAACCAGACCUGUCAAGGACCAAAUGGGACAAAAUUUUCAGCAUCUGUUAAUAAUAUUUCUUUCGCACUACCAACAACAGCCCUUCUCCAGGCUCAUUUCUUUGGUCAAUCAAACGGUGUUUAUAACCCCAAUUUUCCAAUCAAUCCAUUUCAUUGGUUUAACUACACCGGAAACCCUCCAAACAAUACCAUGGUGAGCAAUGGGACGAAAGUUUUGGUAUUGCCUUUCAAUACUAGUGUGGAGCUUAUUUUGCAGGAUACUAGCAUUCUUGGUGGAGAAAGCCAUCCUCUCCAUCUCCAUGGAUUCAAUUUCUUCGUUGUUGGCCAAGGAUUUGGGAAUUAUGAUCCUCAGAAAGACCCUAAAAACUUCAACCUGGUUGAUCCCAUUGAGAGGAACACAGUUGGCGUGCCGUCGGGUGGAUGGGUUGCCAUUCGGUUUUUAGCUGAUAAUCCUGGCGUAUGGUUCAUGCAUUGUCAUCUGGAAGUGCAUGUAAGCUGGGGGCUGAAAAUGGCAUGGCUUGUCUUGGAUGGAAAACUUCCUAAUCAAAAGCUCCUUCCUCCACCAGAAGAUCUUCCCAAAUGCUGA